CGCCGAGAGCCUGCCCGCCCUAUAAACGUUCCCUGGUCGGCCCCGCAGAGCUCCUGGGGCACGGCCUGGCCUGGCCUUGUCCUACUGACAGCCGCCCCCGGGCUCCUCGAGGCCUCUAGGCUUUGCUACCGGUCUGCUCCUGGGAUAGCGGAGCACCUUGCUUGCAGGGCGGCCACACCAGCAGCUGUGGCCGUCGGGCACUUUUGCUAGGACUUGUCCCUGAGUAGGGCACCAGUUGAACAGCCUUGCUUUUGGGUGGGCCUCUGUGCACACUGCAACUUGCACUACACGAAGCAAGGCCGUGUGUCUGGAUGUUGGGAUGUUCUGUCCAUGUGGCAAUGAACACUGGACCGCACACUGCUGUUGGACACCAAAAUACCUGCCCAGGUGUCCUGGCUGCCCCUGGGCUCUGUGCAGCCUGAAUUUCUCACUGGAAGAUUAUGAAUUUUGCAACCUUUUAAGAGUGUGUUGUUAGUUGUGCUUCUCUGCUGGCUUCUCCCUCUCUACCACAUCAAGAUUAAGCUCUCUGUUCUUGCUGGCUUCACAGUGCCCGCUGCUGCUUGAUCAUUAUGGAGAUGGCAAACCUUGCUGCUGGGCACGGGCACCAGCCUCAGUCCUGUUCAAGCGCUUCCCUCCUCACCCGUGGGAGGUACCCUGGGUGUUGCAAAGCGACUGCAUGAUCCUCCUUCAAAUCCCUCUUCUGCUGUGACGUCUGCAGAACACUUGACAUGGAUUAAUCUGUCAUGUGGCAGCUCUUAGCCCCUCGCUGACCUGUGCUUCCCUUCUACUUUUGGCUGAUAUUAUACUGUGGGCUUGUGUAUUUUCCCUGUCUGCGGGAGCUGCCCAGCCCUGCGGUGCAGCUGCACUUUGGGAGGAAUCCAGGCUAUGAGCAGUUCCUCUCUCUGCCGCCUCAAGUGCUCAUUUUUCCAGCUCUCUUAUCUGCAUACUGCCCACUCUUCUGAUGCCUGCCACACCUUCAGCAUGUCCCUGAAAAGAUUGUUCUUUUGAUUCCUCUUCGCUAUUUUGAGAACAAUGCUACAGAUUUUUGCUUCCAGCUGAGGUGUUGGCUGGGCAGCCAGAUCAGCGUGAAAGUUUGAGUUCUCCCAGUCACACUACGAAAUUCCACCCUGCUCUUUGGUAUCCUUUUGUUUUUGUUUUGUGAGCCAAAAUUGGUGCUGUUGUUGCAGCUGCUUUGUGCCACUAAGUGAGAUCUGAGUGUUGUACUUCUAACCAUUGUGCACAUGGCCUGCUGAUGCCCGUUUCCUGCCUGCCACUCUACUUGAACUUCUCACUUCUUCACUUGGCAGCGAACGUCUUUGGAUCGACAGCAGUUUGCUGGGACAGCAAGUUGUAGACUGUGGCUGAAACACAGGGACAGCAAGGAGUGGCAUUGUGUUGCCCUGAUGUUCAGCAUCACUGGAACGUGGCUGAAAUAGCCUCCAGUUCUGCUGUCAGUAUUUCAGAAGGAUGCUGCAGAUUUGGAAAGGACUCGGAAUCCUUUUUUGAGCAGAAUCAAUUCAAAGCUGAAAAAAUUGAAUGUGACACAGAGGUAGAGUUGAGAUGCUUGAGCUGCUUAGUUCAUCAGUGAGAGUGCUGACAUGGUGUGAUCACUUUGUCCUCAGUAUAUGCACAGGGAAAAGCUUAAAUGAAAUGUUGCUUUGCAAAGGCAAAAUGAGAUCUGUGUUCCAGAUGCUGGGGCAUGUCAAACUCAAACUGGAAAAAAGCUGUGGAUGUCACUAAGUUAACGACUGGAACUGUUCAUCUUGGGAUGGGUUGGAUGGGAUUGUCUGAAAUCUUUGUUUAGGUCUGAGUGUAUUUCUGUGAGAUAUGUUCUAGUUUUGCUGCAGAGAAAUCAGUGAUGGAGUGUUUGUUUUUUGCUGCUAGCUGGAGUUGUGCACAGAUUCCAACCUGAUGCCUGUGAAUAGCAAAAGUCUAGGCUUAAUGGUUUCAGGUCCCCACUUAAAAAUGUGAGAUGAUUUCAGUUGCUGUAAGCUAACUAUCUUCUCUCUCCCUUUGAGGUGCCUAGGGUUGUUUUUCCAGUAAUUUUGAAGCACCCGAUUGCCUAAUGCCAUGAAUAUUGCAGUGAACAAUGUGGAAGAAAAAGCUGUCCAUUCCUGGUCGAGAAUUUACUCUGCAGGACAAAAAGUGCUGGAGGAAGCCCUCCGAGUCUUCAAUCCCAUGUCCAAGGACCUUUCAGAUACAGAAACCCAGCUGGUGGCCUUCAUUCAGGGCCUCAAGGAAGAGGGCUUCCAGCCCACAGUUCUGAGGAGCAAAGAUGUGUAUGGGUACAGCUCGUGCACAGCAGACACACCUAGCCAGGCAAAAGGGAGCACACCGCACAGCUGUGCCGCUGCCACCACCUCCACCCCCCCUAAGACUCCAGCUAGAAGCACUGCAGCCAUGGCAAGAGCAUCUGCUUCCCCUACCAGCAUUUCUGUGAACUCUUCUAAAGUCUCUCCGCCAGUCUCUAAAGGUGAUUCCACAAAUUUGCUGCUGAACUCCUUUAAGCAGACCAGGUCGGGCAAGUCCAAGGCCUCAGCAGUGGGCUUUCCUGCAAGCAUGUAUCCUGAUGUGUAUCCGGCUGUGAGGCUGUCUGUGGUUCUGGAAGCUCUGGUGCCACUGAAAACCCCCACAUCCUGUUUGAAAUCCAAGUAUGCACGUGGGCCUCUUGGGGUAUCACCCUCGGACCUUAAACUCCUUAAGGUUUCAAGCCAGACACGGCAAUUUUCUUCAGGCAAGAGCAGUAAAAUAAGAGAAGGCAAGCGAUGUAAGCGUGUGGGAAAGAAGGCACCGGAUUCUGCCACCCUGGCUUUAAAUCUUCUGAAGGGACUAAAGGGUGGAGUGCUGCAGGAGAGCAAUGCUUGCAAAGCCUCAGGAGUCCUGAACGGAAGAAUUGCAGGCAGCUCCUCCCAAGGCUGCACCACAACACCACAGUCCAAGGCCUUGAAAAUCAAAGCUAAGGAAGCUCCGGUGGGGAAAGUGGAGUGGAAAGAUAGCAGCACUUACCAGGAGACUGUUGGGAAGAAGAGGAAAAAAGUUGCAGAGGCGAGAGAUGCACCACAGAGAAAAAAAUCAAAAUCCAUUCCUGUCCAAAAUAAGCCUCGACGAGCUCGGAGCACUUUGAACCUGCUGAAAUUUUGGGCCAUCAAGGUGGGCAACUCUUCUUCCGAUGAUGAAGUGAGAAGAAGAGCACAGAAGAUUCUUAGAGUCAACCUAUCCCCUGUGAUCCGAAUUCAGCCCUUGUCCCACUCUCACAGCGUCCCCUGAGUUUCUUCACUUGGUCACUUUUUUGUAAGUAAACAUGAUCCUGGCACCGGAGCGUGGUGAAGUUUAAGAGCAACUUUGGAUUUCUGGUGUCUGGUGACUAUACGUCGACUAACCUGCAGACGGAGCAGCCUGCUCUUGUGCUGCUUCUGGCUGUCCACCACCACCUCUGUGCAGAACUGGCUGCACAAGUACAAAACCAUGUUUAGGAAUACGGGAUGGUGCCUUUGGCCCACCGUGAGCCGAGCAGGUCAGAGCGCCUGCUUUCUCUGGUCUCUCUUCUAAAUGUGGCAGGCUGUGCUCUCACUGCAGGGUCAGAACACGUGACUUUCUCAUGACAUGGAUGCACUGUGAUAUUGCUCUUUUUCAAGCUGUACAUUUACUGGUUUUAUUUUGAUCAAAUUUUAUAACUUUAUAUAUCCAUAUAUGUGCAUAUAGCCCAGGAACUGCGGGAAGAUGCACUUCCUCCAUCCCUCUGGGAUUGGGUUCGAUAGCUUUUGUUCCCCCUUCCCAUCAGCCGGUCUUCUGUUGAAGGUGCUAGGAUUUCAUUGUGUUUCAGUGUUGUGACAGUCUGAUCUGGGUGCUCUUGGAACAGCUCAGAAGCAGGCGGAGUUAUAACCACUUGAAAAUGCCAAGCAAUCUGGAGAAUUACCAGCUGGUAGUUGGUACUAUCAUACUUUUUUUAUCAUCGAGAUCAUACUUUUGGUAUUACCUCUGCCCAAAAGUGGGGGAAUGCUACUGGGCUGUUGCUUGCAAUUUUGCUGGAUGUUUCUGGGUGCUUCCUCUAUUAAUUGUAGCAGAAGCUCUGAACUCAUCUAGGGGCUUUGCCUCCAAAGAGCAAUCCUACUGGAGCCCAGUGUUGUUCCCCACUCUCGUACCUCUGUUGCAAAGGUAGAAAAUGAGCUAUGACUGUUACAGCCUUAGGGCUGGAGUUGCUGAUCAGAGUUACUUAAAGUGCCCUGCCCAUGAUGUAGCUGCUGUUGCUGGACAUGUCAGGAGCAGGUUCUAGGUGUUGGUAGAGAAGAUGCCUGCUGUGUCUGAAUGUAUCAGAUAAAGCCCACCUGUCCCAGAGUUCAGUGAGCCUGAAUCACAGCAGAAGAGAUGAAUUAUUGAAAGGUAUAUACCAGCACUUAAGUGUGGAAAGUUUGUGGAGAUAUCUGUCAAUUUGUGGGGAUGAAGCAGUAGGAGGGGAGAAUCACUGCAUAAUGAUGGAUAGCAGCUUUGCCAACCUCUGGGAUGUUGGGAGAAGGUAUGUGGCAGGCGUGACAGCUCAGCAAAGGCUCUACUGGUCCCCAGGAGCACCAGAUGCCACUGCCAGCGGGCUGUGCUGCUGCCUGUGCUGGGGCAGGCUUGGGUUGAAGCUCCGUGAGCAGCACACAGCACCUAUAGGGACGGCACAUGGGGAUGUACCCAUGGCUGGUGAUGGGAUGUCAGUGGGGUAUGGCAGUCUGGCAGCCUGGGGAGAGGGAGUAGUGCCUGGCUGUUUGCCGUGCUGUGUUCAGGUCUCUGCAGCAGCAGGCUGGUAAUCCCCUCAUUCUCUCACCAGCUCAAAAUACCGAUUGUCUGACCUAGUAAUCUCUGGGGACAUUGGUUGAGGGGAUGAGCUCUCCUGGGAAGCCACAGCUUCUUACGUGUCAGCUCUUCUCUAGCACCAGUCUGGAUUUCAGUGCUUAAUAAAAGGGGUUGGUGUCUGAUCGCCAGCUCAGAGAGCAAAACUGAGGUGGGGAGAGGAGAAAGGAGUUUCACUAGGGAGUGGGAGGGCAGAGGAGCUGGUGUUCUGGGGCACAGCUCAGGCUCAUCCUGCUCUCACCCUCGGGAGAUAAUGGCUGGCCCUGCAUCACACGCUCUGCUUCUGGGUAGUUUGACUGUGUGCAGCUGACCUGCUGUCAGAAAUUAUAACUUGCAGUGUUCAGGACUGACCUGUGAAUGCCGCUGGUUGGCUGCAGAGCAGGAGGAGCGUUUUCUUCUCCUGUGUUUUAAAAUGCCCUGGCAGAGAAUUCCCUUUCCUGACAUGAUUCUGGAUGAACAAGAACUCUCCAUCACUGCUAACUGGCCAGAAAUUACUUUGUCCCUUUUGUUCCCACCCCUUCAGACCUUUCUCAUUCCCACGCUCUCAAAUGCCAGGUCUCAAAGUCCUGUGCUGGAGUUUCUCUUUCUGGCAGUGUCCCAGGGAGGGCUCUGUGGUAUCGCUGCUCUCGUGGCUCCUCCGUUCCCAGCCCCAUAUAAGGGCACUAAGAGCUGUCCUGGAGCUUCUUUGUGCAGCACGAGACCUCCCAGCAGUGUGCCUGGGUUCCAGUGGGAAAAGCAGUUGCUCAUCCACAAGGCUGAAUUUAGGGCGACAUCGUUUUUCCUCCAGUGUGAGCAGGAAGCUGAGCACCUGAAGCCAGCUGUCUGUUGCAUCCCUCACUUUCCUUCUGUUUCUUUCUCUGCUGCACUGCUCUCUGCUUCCCUGCUCUUCUGUCACCUCUUAUUUCAUGCUUUGAGUCUGUGCCAGCUGAGGACUUGCCUUGUGCUGCGUUGCACAUCGUGCAGAGCACAGUGCCUCAGCUCCACCUUUCCAGGCACUGAGCUGGAUAGAGACAUUAUCUUGCCCAGCAUCCUUCCCCAGCCACCAGUGCAAGCUCUGCUCUGCUAGAAAUGCUUUGUGCUAGGGCUGCAUCACAGAAUCCUGCGAGGAAAGAGAGCACUCUGUAAUGCUGUGCUCAGGGACCUGCAGGUGGUCAGUCCUGCCUCUGUCAGCAUUUCUGUGGCACAGAGCACCGGGCCUUGAGCUUGCAGGGCUGUGCUGGAGCUCUCAGGCUUGCUUUGCGUUUGCUGAAUUCACAUUGUUAACCCCGGGUCUCUGCCAUCCUGAUGUCUCCUUUUCCCCAUCACAGAUGAGUUUGGAACUUGGCUGGAAGAAUGGCAGCUCAUUUUUCAUGGAGGGGCUUUGUGGCCUCUGGUGCCAAUGUCAGCCAGUGCAGCCUAGCCGUUACGUCCUGGCAGAUGCGGUGCUGGCUGCAGGCUCUCCACAGCCCGGCUGCGCUUGGCUCUGCCAUCCUUUGUCUCACGCUGUACACACGGCUGCCUGGAGCUGUGGGAAGGUCGGGGGAUAUCAAACCCCUCGGCCCUACCAGAGAUCCUCUGAGGUCACUUCCACCCUGCUUGUUCGGUGACAGUGGUUGGAUCGUAUGCCUUCCAGGGACUUGCAGCAGCGCUGGCCGCGCAGCAUGUGGAAAAUACAUUGCCUGCAGUGUCCUGGUCUCUCCUGAGCAUGCCGUAUGCAGGUUGCUCAGACCUGCUUCUGUAUUAGUCACUUUGAAUUCAUCCAAGUGCCUAACCUGGCUUGUGCUGUUCCUGGGCACCGUGACAGCCGAGGGCUGUGGAGACUCUCUAAGGAAUGAUUUCACUGUGUGGAUUUCUGCCACUGUCACUUCUAGUAACAAUUCAGGCAGCGGUCAAAGGGCUGUUCUUCAGACUGAGUUUGUGGAAAUCAUUUUUCUUUUAUUCAGCUGCCAAGAAGCAAGAGUUUAUGCUUCGCUUCCACCAGACAAGGUCUGUGAGCUUCCUGCAUGCUUCAGAUGUCUGUCAGUGAGGUCCUUGGGGAGAGCAGCUUGUACAGCGGGGAGCAGACAUCAGACACCAGGCUGAAAUCACAGUGUUAAUUGGUAGAAAUGUUUUAAAGCUCAUGUGCACUGUGAUCAGAUUUCACCUUCUGCUGCUGCUUUCAACUGGAGAAGUUUCUCCUUGGCCUUUUCCCUGCAAGCCAUGUAGUGUGGCACUGCUGCUUCCGAACUGUUUGCUUUCCCCCCAAAUGCCAGCUGCAGUAGUGUCCUUGUACAGAAUUUUGUAAGCACUUUUCUGUGAGAUAAGGGAUAUUAUUAUUACAGAACUCCUCUUUUGUAUCCCACUGGUGGUGUUGUAGCAUGGAGAGCUGUGCUUGGGAGUCCUUAGAGCUGCACAGGGUUGGAUGGGGAUGGCCCUUUGCCUUGUCAGCUGUGCAGACUGAGACCAUCUGAGGACAGAGCUCCUGGGCUGUGUGUGAGGCAGUGCUGAUGGCUGUCAGCCAUGGCUGAGCAUCUGUGGAUGUGACAUUCUUGCACUGUGCUGCCUGCAGAGCAGUAGUGCUGAGGUUGGACCCCUCAACUUGCUUAGGAAGGCAGAGGAUCCCUGAGGCAAAAGCAGAAGCUGGGAUCUGGGGAAAACAAAGAUGCCAGCAGUGCCUGGCCAGCCAGCUUCUGCUGCCAGAAGAGAUCUUCAGGGCAAGGGAGCCACAUGUGCAGUGUCCCCAAAGCAGAGCUUCCACUUACCAGCCAGUGGCAUGAUGCUGGGCACAGGAGUUGCAGUUCUGCAGGACCUUGUGGGAGUGAAGCCAGCACUCAUCCUCUAUGAGCAGCUGAGCUGUGGGGCCACAAGGAAGGCACAGCUGCUCCACGAGUUCCCCUGGUGCCAGUUGCCCUCUGGAAGAACUGGCAGGGAGAGUGAGCAUCUGAAAUGACUUCCCUUGUGGGGAUGAUUAGGCCUUGCCCCUAGGGAGUCCCUUAAAGGCCUUGUUAUCUUCUGGGACUCUCUCCUUGUCUUAAUUAGCCCUUCUGGUUCCUGUUGCUAAAGGCAGCCCCGUGUGAGUUUGGUGAUUCCCAUGGACAGCGAGGCACGUGGUGCUGCUGUAAAAGAGUGGGUGCUGCAGAGCUACCGCCAAAACCUGUCAUUCCCAGGGCACAGCCUGCAAAGCAGGGCAUUGGGAGUGUGCCCCCAUCCCCAUCAAGGCCUGGGACGGGAUGAAGUCAGGGAAGACGGCAUCUGUGUCAGGGAAGACACACUGUAUGGCGUUUAAUAACAUUCCCUCCUUGUGAUUCCCAGUGCAGCAUUGCUGGGAAACAUUGCUCCUGGAGCAGGGCAUGGCAGGGAUGCGGGGGUCUGUCUCUGCUGCCUGGCUGCAGCAGCUCCUUCUCCAGCCAUCACCUCUGAGAGAACCACCUCCACAGCUCAGCACGACCACCCUGCCCUGGCCAGGACUGGUGCCACCAGCACUCCCACCAGCGGUCCCCAACAUUUGGGAACCCCAAGUGACCCUGGGAGCAGCGAUGUGCCGUGCCCAGGUUGCUGGUGCUGCUGCCUCAUCCCCAUGGCUGGGCACACAACAAACUUUUGUCUGGUGAAUUUUCAACAACCGACCAUCUUGUUCUUGAGUGAACUUUAUACUGUUUCAUUUGUUUGUGUAGAAUGUUUCUGAAGGUAUAUUUAAUGUUUAAUAUGAGGCUGGGCUGCUCCACACUCAGUGUUGUAUAUUUUGGAAUGGCAUUGUUUAGUGAAAAGACAGCAUUAGUAUUAUUCCACUCUUAGGAGGGAACAGGACAAAAAACAGACUGUCUUUUUUUCUUAAAUGAAAUGAACUUUUGUUAUGAAGUCCUAGCAGUUGUCCAGCCCUUCAGUAAAUGGUGCUCAGAACCAC